UUAAGUAACACUAAAUCUAUACUCAUUCAAAAUGACUGGCCGUGGUAAAGGAGGCAAAGGAUUGGGAAAAGGAGGAGCAAAACGUCAUCGUAAAGUAUUGCGUGAUAAUAUCCAAGGUAUCACUAAACCAGCCAUUCGUCGUUUGGCUCGUCGUGGUGGUGUAAAACGUAUCUCUGGAUUGAUCUACGAAGAGACCCGUGGUGUACUCAAGGUUUUCCUAGAAAACGUCAUUCGUGAUGCAGUCACAUACACCGAACACGCCAAGAGAAAGACAGUCACUGCCAUGGAUGUUGUCUAUGCAUUGAAACGUCAAGGACGUACUCUCUACGGUUUCGGAGGUUAAGCUUUAUACACAACGGUUACUCAUCAAAAACAAAAAAAUCGGCCCUUUUCAGGGCCAUCAAUUUUUUACAAACAAUGAUAAACGAUUCUUAUUUGCAUAUUACCUAACUUGUACAAUUCUUAUCGGGUAACAUGACAAUAAAUCCGGACAAAACAAACUUGGAGAA